AUGAUUGAAACGACCAGACUGCAUAUCACACCUCUCACCCCGGAUAUUCUUCCUUCUGUGCUACCAGCAUCCAUUCGUAGCUUGGCCACGGAAAUCUCCUUCCACGAAAUCGCUACCUUUCCCGAGAACAAUUACGGAUACGUCACUCUACCGACCAUGGAGGCGGACAAGAUCAAGAAGAAGCUGAACGGCUCGAUUCUCAAAGGCAAGAAGUUUAAGGUGGAGCCUGCUCGCCCUCAAAAGAGACACCGAGAGGAGGAGGUGGCACCUGAAGCCUCCAGCACCAAGAAGAAGUCCAAAAAGUCGAAGAAGCACGAACCAGAGGAUGGUGUGGUGGAGGGCUUCGAGCUUCCCGCAGACCGGAAAGUGAAGAGAGGCUGGACCGAAUCCAGCGAUGCCAAGCAGGAGCGACGGAAGAAAGAAAAGAAGGACAAGAAGGACAAGGAGGAGAAACUACAACCCAAGUCCAAGUACACCGACAAGUCUGAAUGCCUGUUCCGAGCAACUGUUCCACCCAAUCGAGCAUCCGAUGCAGCUGCCGAUGAUAAGAAAGCCAAGAAAAAGAAAUCCUCCAAGGAGGCCGUUGUUCAUGAGUUUGCGAAAACAGUCACUCAACCAAGCUUCUUGCGCAUUGCCGAGGAAACUGGGCCGCUCACAGCUACGUUCGAAGAAGGCAAAGGCUGGGUGAAUGCCGAUGGUACUUUGAGAGAAACAGCCAACGACAAGAUCAAGAGGGACAACUAUCGACCAGGGCAAGUCCCAGGAACGAAGGAGAAGCGCCGAGCUGUCAAGGAACUAGCUCAGGCCGACAAGAAAAUGUGUUCGCGGAAAGAGAAGACCCCAGAGGAAUCCUCAGAGUCCGAGGAUUAUACUUCAUCAAGUGGUUCAUCUACGGACGACAGCAGUGACUCGGAGAGCGAGGCUGAACCUAGCUCUGAGGAUGCAGAUGAGUCUACCAAGGGAGAGCCUGCCAAGCCGCAAUCCAUCAAUGAAGAGAAAGAAAAGUCACCAGAAGCCGCUGGUUCUGAUGUGGAGAUGCUCGAAAAGUCAGACUCGGAGGACGUGACUAGCGAGGCUGUGAAAGAAAUGGAACAGGAUUCAACCCCUAAGGAAGUCCACCCAUUGGAGGCUCUGUUCAAACGAGCUCCCCCGGCAGCCGAAGCGCAACCAGACCCCGAGGCCGGUGCCGGAUUCAGUUUCUUUGGCAAUGACAUUGAAUCGGAAAAUGAGUCUCAACCCGCUGAGCCCCAGACACCGUUCACACCAUUCACAAAGCACGACCUGCAAGACCGGGUUCAGCGCAGCGCAGCUCCUACUCCUGACACCACAGCUGCCACCAAGCAUAUGAAAUGGGAGGAGAACGAUUCAGAUGAUUCGUCCAUUGAUAGCCCGGUCAAACCUCGGACAGACCCUGGCGCAACCAAAGACGAGACCGAAUUCACCAAGUGGUUUUGGGAGAAUCGGGGUGACAACAACCGCGCAUGGAAAAAGAGGAGACGUGAUGCUGCCAAGGAACAGCGGCAGAGAGAUAACCGCAAGAAGGGUUUCAAGGGCAAGUCAUGA